AUGGUCAACAGAAUCCUCUUCUGGACAGGCUUCGGCCUCGCUGUCCGCUUCUGGCAGCUGGGUAUUGAGAUGCGGCCCUUCUUCAACCGCAAGUCGCUCUGGGCGUACCCCCUGUUCGGCGGCGUUGGCGCCAGCUUUGGUUACUGGCUGCAAAGCAUCGACGAGAAGCAGACCAAGAUGCUGGAGGAGCGGAAGCAGGCGAUCCUUGAGAAGCGGGCACGGAGAGCGCAGAGGCAGGCAGAGGCCGCGGCAACUGCUCCAUCGCCCAGUGCGCAGGAGGCUUAA